CAUUCUCGUUUAUUUUGUAUCUCUGUAUAAAAAUGUGCGGUGCGCGCGCAUAGAAAAGGGAAGAAGUUGGAACCCCUGGCGUCCUCUCCUCCCCCGGCCCCGUGAUUACACUUGUCAUGGUUUGUCACAAGCGUGCUUGCGCUACGAUGUGUUUACAUUGUAAAUCACGAUACGCUGCUAUGUUGUAAAGGGACGAGUCAACCCAGAGUUCGACAAUAUGAAACGUGCGGUGACCGAGGAAAAGAAUGACACGAAACGGAGCUUCGUCAAGCAUGACGCGUCUACCAUCAAUGCCUUCGGAUAUGACGCCUCCUCGUAUGUCAGUUACGCGCCUUCGUCGUCGUCCUCGUCGUUGGUAUCCACGACGCCAUCCAUCGCCCAGCCCUUACCUGGACAACCACCUCUGCCUCCCAUGCCACCGCCUCCCAGCGGAGUGCCGCCUCCGCCGCACCACGUAUUCGGACCAGUGCCUUCCCAAGUGGCUCCUAUUCAGGCAUGGACGCAUCCCCCAUGGCAAUGGAUAGCGUCACAGGCUGCAUCUCUACCACCGCCUCCAACUCCACGUGAGAUUACCAAUACGAUUACACGAGAGAUGCCGCUGAGGGGUGCCUACAUGCGUCACGAGAGGUUUGCGCAUAAUAGAAGUAACGUGUAUAUCCAGAGAAACAAUUUUCAUCGUAAGAAUAAAAGACCCAUGCGCUUUGGACAACCACCGCAGAGUCAGUUUGAUCAGAACACGUAUUUCGGUACUACGUUGACUGGCAAUCUCGGACUGGAAUGGCAGAGAAAUAAUUACACCGCGGCGGCGAACGACGCUAUGAUAAACCACAUGACCGUUCCUCUAUCUUCCCAUUCCAUACCUUCCAUUCCAUCGGGAAUCGUGAGUGGCAGACAUGGCGAGGACACAGAAGAUCAGGAUAUAAAAAUUGAAAAGGUAGUGAAGAAAAAUAAACAGAGGAAGCCAAUGUCUCAAAGCUAUCCCAGUAAACCAUGGAACAGGGAGGACGCAGAGAGAGCCCUGAUGACUGAGAAUGAAUAUAAUAUGAAGAAUAAAGUGAACUCGCAGAGUUUAAUAAUUAAGUUUCCUGAUCCAGAUUUAAAUAAGGAUAUCGUCAGAUUGUUUCAUCCUGGUAUACGAAAUAUACAUUUUCAAAAUCCCAGCGGUCCGAGGUACUGUUUCAUUCAGAUGGCAAAGAGUGUCAAUAUCGACGGAGCUAUAAAAGAACUGGAGAAAAUCAAGUUUGGUACGGGAUACCUGAAAGUCGAGAAAAAGGCGGUGAGAAACGAGGAUGUCCGGAAUACGAAGCCCGAAGACAUAAACCCGUACAAUUUGUAUAUAGGAAAUUUGCCGACGUUCGUUAAGGCAAACGAGAUAAAAAGCAAAUUCCCGAAAGCACGGGUAGAUGUAUCGAGAGCGCGAAAGCUAAAGAACACGCAAUUUGCUUUUAUGAGAUAUAAUAGUGUAGACGACGCGAUAGCGGAUUACAAAAAGGCAUAUGGUUUGAUGUGGGACACAAGGAGUAUUAUUGUUAAAUUUAGACGGAAGGAAGGUAAUGCUUAUCUUCCCGAAGAACUCAAACCUGACGUUAAGAAAGUUAAAGAGGAGCCAGAUAAUGCCGCACAAGUAGAAAAAGAACAGAAUCAUGUUGAACUGAAACCUAAUGUUAAUAAGUCGAAAGAGGAAGAAAGUAGCAGUAGUCAAACGAAAGACAAUAAGAUAAAUCACGAGGGUAAAUCGUCAGGAAAUGAAGAUAAUGCAGAAACGCGAUUACAAGAUACUUCCAGUACAACACAAAAUAAGUCGGUUUCGCAAGUUCACGAACACACUAACUCUCAUUCCACUUUGUUGCCAACUUCAAUCACGUCAGCUAAGAUGAUACAAGAGCAACAACAAUCUUGGACCGACAUACCUUCAACAUCGGAAGAUCCAUCGUGUCCAGCGCAGAAUAGUGCUGUCGAAGAAACAAUAAUUACACAAAUCAAAGAAGAACCCAUAGAUUACGAUGAUGAAAUGGACACGUGUAAUAUGCAGUCAGAUGACGAUGACGAUGACGAUGAUGACGACGAUGACGACGACGAUGACGACGACGACGACGACGACGAUGACGAUGUCGAGGAACCGGAUGAUACUGACGAUGAUGAGGAUAAUAAUGAAGAUUCCGAAGAAGACGAUGAAGAUGAAGAUAAUGAUGGAAAUAUAGCGACAAAACAAUUGAAAACAGUACGAAAUAACAAAGAAGAACCAACAGAUCAUCUUGACCAAAUGUUCAGCGACUUGGAGAAUAUGACGAGCGAUAUUGGUUUCUUGAAACAUUGAAUGAUUUACCGUUUCAAUACGCAUCAUCAUAUGCUAAUCGAGGUUUUUUUGUGAUGUAAUAUAUAUGUAAGAUAUUUAGAGUCAGAAGAUUCCUAUCGCGCGCGCGCGCGCGAUUGUCGGUUAGGGACUCAUUUCGAUAAAACAGAACUUAAGGUUCUAAUCGGUUGGGACUUAUAAGCGGAAUAGAAAUAAGAGCGAUUAGAGUCGUAUGGUCUAGCGAUGACAGAGCUAUCCUGUGGCGGGAUCCCGAGUUCAAAUCUACCUAACGCUCCUUUAAAUUUUUCCAUCAUUUACAUAUAGAGAUGUGUGAAUCAAGGUUUGUUGUCGUCGCCAAAAUUAAAUCUAAUUAAAUUUAAUUAUUGAAUCAUAACUUUUAAUUAAUUAUUAUUAUUAGGUUGAAAUUUUAUAUAUUAAUAUUAAAAAGAUGUUUAUGUAAAAAAAAAUAAUGAUAUACCAAGGCAUAGGAUUCCUAUUUGAAUUUAAGAAUACGAAGAAUUCGAAUAUGAGUCAUACAUAUCGAAAGUCUUGUAAAAUCAUGAGAUUAUUUGACAGGAUUUUAUAUCAUAUAUCAGUGUUAUUUUUUUACCUCAUAAUCUUGUUUAAAUGGUUCAUACAUCUCUAAUGUAAUUCCACAUGUAACAUAUAAAUCAAUAGCUGCGUAAUAUAAAACAAGACUGCAUGUGUUUAAAAUACUGUAAUGUAAGUGAUUAUAGAACCAUAUUUAAGCAUUUUAUAAUUAUUUUUACCAAUGAAUUUCAAUGAAUACCAUUAAACCAUACCAUGCUUAUGUAAGCUCUAUUGUACUAUUAAAGUUAUUAUUUUGUCUA